AUGGAAGGUAUCCAAGUAGUCACGCAAGACUACGUUAAUGUCCUUAUUACUACAUCGGAUAGUGAAGAUGCACCGCCCGUUGAGAGAAGAUUCAAGAAGGGGAUCACAAUUCUUGAAUUUAAGACUAAACUGGAACUGGUCACCGGUGGAUCCGCAGCAACCAUGCAACUGAAAGUUUAUGAUAACAAAAACAAUUUCAUAUGCAACAUUGAUAAUGAUGAAGCACUUCUGGGCUCAUAUCCUAUAGAUGAUGGCAUGAGAAUACAUGUUAUUGACAAAUUUACAUUGGUCAAGGAUUUCACCAGUGCUGAGAGUGCUGAAAGAUUCCGCUUAUCUGAAGAGGAUUAUGAGAAAAAAGAUGAUACUCUCCGCUCAUUUCUGCUACGUAACAAACUUGGCAAAUACAAUGAAGAAGAGAUGGCCAAACUCAAGGAACAACAACAGAAAGAACUAGAAGAGGAGGCUAAGCUUGCCGAAGCAGUGUUAGUGGGAACACGAUGUGAGGUCCGCGUGCCCCAGCAGCCGACGCGUCGCGCCACCGUGCGAUACAACGGACCGCUAGAUGGCGCCAAAGGCAUCUGGAUCGGUGUGCAGUACGACGAGCCACGCGGCAAGAACGAUGGAUCUGUAAACGGCAAGCGUUAUUUCACGUGCCCGCCCAAGUACGGCGGGUUCGUGAAGCCGGUGUAUGUCACCGUGGGAGACUACCCUGUUGAGGAGUUCGACCUCGACGACGAGAUAUGA